CCGGUGCGCAGCAGGCGGCCAUGUUGGAGCAGCGGAGGCGGCGCAGAGUCGCGUCCUGGGUCCCUGCGGCGGCGCCGGUGCCAAGCGCUGGUUUGCGGAUACCCAGGCAGAUCUGCAGUGCCUAAUGCCAUGAGCGUGGUGGUGCAGCAUGUGGAGGAGAAAGCUGUGCACUCCUGGUCGCGGAUCUCCACGGCAGGGAAGAAGGCCCUGGAGGAAGCGCUGCUUGUCUUUAACCCCAUGAGCCAGGAUCUCAGUGCCACUGAAGCCCAGCUUGUGGCCUUUCUGCAGGGCCUGCGGGAUGAUGGCUUCCAACCUACCAUCCUGCGCAGUGGUGAUGUCUAUGGCUAUAGUUCGUGUACAGCCAACCCCCCAAGCCAGACAAAGCUUCAAGCUCGUGCCCCCACCCCAGCUGCCACAUCACCUCCAGCCAAUGCUCCCCGAACUGCCAUGCGGCUGCCUGCAGGCCGGGCCACGCUGCUCCCCAUGGCACUGUCUGGCAGGCUGGCCAAAGCAUCCACACCAGCCCUCGCCAAGCAUGCCGCCACCAACCUGCUACUGAGCUCCCUGAAGCAGUCAAGUGCCAGCCGUGCCCGGGGUGCAGCAGUGGGCUUUCCCACCCACCUCUAUCCAGGUGUCUACCCUGCCAUGCGGCUCUCCGUUGUCCUUGAGGCCCUGGUUCCACUCAAGACUCCCAUGCCCUGCUUGGGUGCCAAGCACAAGGCACAGUCACUGCAGCUCUCACUUGCAGACUCUCCCCUGAAGCUGCGGAAAGGUCCAGGGAAGAGGCUGGGGAAUUCCCAGCCCAAAGCUCCCAGAAAAGCCACAAGCAAGGGCUCCAAGUGUCUGACUCGAAGAGGCCCCAGGGCUGGACCCCGACAAGGCACUGGGCCCCAGAGCAAGACCUACAAAGCCUCUGGUUCCCUCAGUGGCCCACGAAUGAAAGGUGGCUGUGCUCUGGGCACCAAAACAGCCCAGGCCAAAGCUUCCCGUGCCCAGGCCAAGGUGGCUCGAACACAAGCCAAAGCUGCCAAGGCCCGGGCAGAAGCCAAGGCAGCACGGAUCAAGGCCAAGGCCAAGGCCAAAGCCAGGGCAGUGCGGGCCAGGGCCAAGGCCAGGGCCAGGGCAGUGCGGGCCAGGGCCAAGGCCAAGGCCAAGGCAGUGCGGGCUAAGGCCAAGGUGGCUCAGACCCAGCCCAGGGGCAGGGGCAGGCCAAAAAGGUCUGUUCAGGCCAGGACUGCAAGGAGGGGCCGGAAAAGCUGCCCUGAGACUGCGGGACAGAAGAGGAAAAGGACUGAGGAGGCAAAGGAUCUUCCUCCCCAGAAGAGAGCACGGCUUGGGCCCCAAUCCCCUAAGUUAUGGCUAGGACCUGGAACGGCAAAGCUGCUGAAAUUCCGGGCCAUCAAGGUGGACAGGCAGUCCUCAGAUGAUGAGGUGCGGCAGCAGGCUCAACGGAUCCUCCGUGUGAACCUUUCCCCUGUAAUACGACUUCAGCCAUUGCUGCCAUACUCAGCACCCUGAUUCCUUCACGUAGCAACGUUUGGGGAAACUGAGCCCAGUUGUCUGUGUGGCCAGUGGCACAGUGUGCAAUGCCCAUGGAUUCCACAACCCUAAGGACUCUGGGUGCCUCUCCAGGGCCCUGAGAGCCACCAGCCUCCUUUCAGAGACUGGAGGAUGUGGGGUGGGGUGGGCGGGUGGGAGGGAUGGUGUCAUGGCGCGAUGCACUGUGACUUGUUACUCUUCAAGUUGUAUGUCCUCUAUUCCAUCUAUCACGUUUUAUACCUUUCCA